AUGCCAGGUUGGCUGCUUUUGGUAACGAGUACCUGGGCUUUGGCCGGCGCCGUGCCUGAGCGAGGCCUUCGAACCAUUCUGGAUCUCGAUGACGUCUGUCAACUGCCGCAAGGUCUCCGUCCCAGCUGUGCCUUCAGCGCUAUCCAAGUCCGAGGACAACGUGACCAGGACCUCGCCCUGCUAAUGGACGACGAGUGCUUCAUCGACAGCGGCCACUACUCCCUGAGCAGCACCUUGCGCACCACAGUGCGUUCAGAGGCUAGCAAUGUCGACCUGAACCAGACACAGCACGGUGAGCUCUGCGAACGCCUCAUCAAACUCCCGCCGUUCAUGCUGUACCGGCCUGGGCCGAAGCUUGAAAGGCUAAGCCCCGGGCGUGCCGAUGUCUCAAGGAACCUGCUGAAAUGCACGGGACAGAACACGGAAUGGAGAGACCGUCGGCCUUGCUCGGGUUCCCUCAUUACCAGCAAGACCAGGCCGGAGGACGAGUUGACUGUGACCGAGCUACCCAUCGUAAUGUUCGCUGAUGACUGA